AUGAGGAUUAAGAGGAAAGAUGGCAGCGGGAAGUGGUAUGUGUCAUGUUUUGUCGAGGAGCAUAAUCACAAACUGGCAUUUGGAAAGCUUGUGGAUUAUCUACGGUCACACAAGAAGAUAUCUAAGGUAGAAGUUGCUCAGCUAACAAGCAUGAGGGAGAUUGGAAUCAGCAUUUCGAAGAUUUAUGAGUCAUUUGCAGCACAAUUAGGGGGUUUUAACCUGAGAGGGCUCCAAGGUGGAGACAUAAAUGCAGCUAUAAGGUACUUCAAAGGUCUGGCACCCAUGGAUGGGAAAAAGUUUUUGAGGUACAAGGUUGGGGCAGGGCAACACCUGUGCAACUUGUUUUGGAGCGAUGGUCGUUGUCAGGAAGAUUAUUUGUUGUUCAGCGAUGUCCUGGCAUUCGAUGCAACGUACGAUCGUAACAAGUAUAACCUACCCAUUGUUGUCUUCUCUGGAGUAAAUCACCACAACCAGACAUGCGUUUUUGGUACAGCGAUGGUUUCCUGCGAGUCACAUGAGUCUUACAUAUGGGUUCUUGAGUAA